UAAUAAAUUAAUUAUCAGUUAAAAAAUUAUUAAACUAUAGGAAACAAUCUAGCAUACAAUCUACAUUUACAAUCGAGCAUAGUUUCAGGCCCUGAAAAUUCUUCCAACUACCCUGAGAACAAUAAAACAAGAUUCUUUCAGUUGCCUGGUUACUGAAGAAAACACAGCCAGCUUUGAUAAUGCUAGAGCACUGGUCCAGUUGUCUUGGAAAGGAGAAGCAAGCAAAUCGUUUUUAUUUACAGGCUAGUGAGACUGCAUUGUGAAUAAUUCAUAUGGAAGAAGUCUCAAGAAUAGAGGCACAGCUUUAAAAGAGGAUAUAGCAGCUUCUCUGAGCUAGAGACGUGAAACUAUCUGGUGGUAGACCUGCCUCUGGAUAAAGACUGGAACAGCAGGCAAAUGGCGAAGGGUAAAAGGAAAUCAAAUGAACCCAAAGGGCGAAAAAUCACGCUUAAGAUGGCCAAGAACGCCGUGAAGCUGACGAUGGAUGGCAAGCGCCGUUUAGAGCUCAGCAACAUGGCGAUCACUACUUUCCCUAAGUGUAUCCUCAAACUAUGUGAUGUGGAUGAACUGGACCUGAGCCGCAACAUGAUUAAGAAGAUUCCGGACACAAUUAAUAAGUUUGUCAACCUGCGCCUGCUAGACCUGCAUAGCAACCAUCUGGAGCAGCUCCCAGAGACCAUUGGUCACCUACAGAAGCUCCAGAACCUCAACAUGUGCAACAACAUGCUAACCACCUAUGGGAUCCCACAUACACUCGGCCUCCUUAGGAACCUGAAGAAACUCAACCUGGGCAUGAACCGCAUUGAGACGGUUCCACAUUUCAUUGCAGGACUGAAGGAGCUCUGUGAGCUUGGGCUCUUUAACAACCUUCUGACUCAAAUACCGCUCUGGCUCCAGAAAUUGCCCAACCUUCACAUGCUCAAUGUCAAGUGCAACCCACUACCUUUAGAAAAUCCGCCGAAACUGGACCCUAUUCAAAGGGUAGAAUGCCUCUACUUGGUCAGGAAGGAUUGCCUUUGUAGUGAAUGCCUCAAGAAGUAUAAAGAAGAGAGAGACAGGCUGGACAAAAGGCUUAGUGGAAGCUCAGUACAGAGAAAAACCAUCAUUGCUGCAUUAAUUACGACUAAUUCCACAGAGCAGGGUGAUGAAGCAGUGUGCAGAUAAAGGCAAUGUGUGAACCAGAAAAACUGUGCUCCGAUUUAUGUGAAGAAUAAAAAUGCAUGCUGAAUAUAUUCAUGAUCAUGAUGAAAUCAUUAUUAAACCACAGUGCUGAUUGGUGAAAUAUAAAUAAAAUGUUUAUAAGAGCAGUUCUGACAGUAGAGUGCAUGCGCCACAUAAUCCAAGUAAAAGGCUUAAAAACCGUGCUGUUAUUUAACAAAGAAACAUAUAAUCAAUGAUAAGUUAAAACAGCGUCGGCUAUGCACUGCUCAGAAACAAGGCAGACCCACAUGUGAGAUUUGUAUUUAGGCUAGACAAGAAAAAAAAACCCAGUGUAAAAAUUUUAAUAAUACAUUUUCAACUUGGCAGUUUUUAACUCAGUCGUCAUGUUUGGCUUCACUUCCUCACAGCCACAUACACACAUGUUCAGCAGUGAUCACGUUAAUAUAUGGGUCUCAGAUGUGCCAUGCCAAUAAUUAGACCUGUAGCUUGUCUCCAUAAACACCACCGUCCCACUGCAGACUCCCUCUAAACCACGCUUCCACCUGCUACUCUGUGGUUUAAGAAGAAUAAAACACUUCAGGAUGUGCUGUUAUAGAAAUAUAAUCAACUUUGGGGUCGAACAUAGGGCUGCCCAUUGUUAUGUUUUGUUUUGUUUUUUCCUAUAAGAGCAUGCCCAAUAUUUUAUUCCUUAUCACUAAAUAAUCUGCAUUAGUGUGUGUAAUCUGUAUUAGACCACGUGAAAACUGCAAUGUGUAAAUUGUGUGUGUGGGGGUGGAGGUGCGAGAGAAAGAGAGAGAGAAGGAGAGUAAAUUGGGGCUUUCACUCCUGUUUCACGCUCCAAACAGCAGGUACAAAGACUCUUGCAUAAUAUGAAUACUGUUGCAUUCAUACUGUUCGCUAAUCAGCAUUAUGACUAAAGCACCGUUUAUCUGCACCAAGCUACUGCUUCUCAUUUCUCUCACUGAUCUCUCUGUCUACAAGGUGCAAAUCAGUAUGAUUGCAGUUAGUUAUCCCUGAAUUUACAUACUCACACCAAUUUCCCCUCUAAUUGAUAAGAAUGCUGACAAUCAUGAGGGACACACACUUUUACACGCCAUUA